AUGGCUGGUAAAAAAGUGUUGCCGACGCACAUGCAAGAUAUUUGCAGUUGUGAGCCGCCACCGUCCUAUGUCAGUCCAGUGGUCAUACGUCCAUAUUUUCUCUAUCUUAAAUACUUUAUUCAGAACAUUCUCUUGGCAAUCGUCUUUGAUUUUCCAACUUUAAUCAUGCACCCUAUUAUCACGUUGGUAAACCUGGUGACGUACGUACUCUUGUCAAUUGGAUUGUUCAUACUGGGAGUGACAUUGAAGGUAUCCUUCUUUUUCGGUGCUGGGGACCAAGCGAACAAGGCUAGUGUCGAAUAUGGCGAUGGAUUAUCUGUACUUAAUUGGUGGAAUACCGAUCUCUUUAAUGAACCAGUUUACCCUCUUGUCAACAGAGCCAAAUUAUUGCUCUCUUCUCACGAUAACGUUACUGUCGAUCUGUAUAAUCGCACCGUUAUAGAAGAUGUUCACAAACCAGCCCCCAGCAGGUUCAACCUAGAUCUUGCCGAAUUCCUCUGUCUCGUUUCUGGCAUAAUUUACGAACGGGAUCUCAACUAUGUAUUUCAGGCACGACAUAAACUUGCCGAGCACGGACUCAAGAAUCCCUAUCCUUCCUACGGCUCGAUCGUGAAGACCGACUUGAGCGAGAUUGAAAAUUUGAUUCUUCAGAGCGACAAGAGAAUCCAUGAACAAGCUAAUCGAUGGGGCUUGAAAUUCUUUAGUCUGUCCGAGUUGAACGCAUUCGGCCGUGCAUAUGCGGGAUUAUUUUAUUCGCCUGAUCAUGACUUUAUCAUUCUGGCAUUCAAGGGCAGUACGCCGUUUGAUUUUGACGAAUGGGUGACGGAUUGUUCGUUCCGGCGCGUUGAUGCUCCAUAUUUGUUUGGGCGGGUCCAUGAGGGAUGGUAUGAAUGUCUUUUCUCAAACAAAGUGAAAGGUAGUUCGAAAGCUGGUAUUAAAAGUCCUUACCAGAGGAUAUUGGAGGGUAUCGACAUCGUCGUGAAAGAGUUGAUGCGAAAAAAUACAAAAAUUAAUUUGUGGGUUACGGGACAUUCAUUGGGUGCUUCAUUGGGAACUCUGUUCUUUGCUAGAGCUAUGAAAGACCCCGUGGAGUUACCCGAGGGUAUUAUGUUGAGAGAUGCUUAUUUCUACGGAACACCAUACAUUGGCGAUUCAACCUUUGUAUCGUCAUUCUCUGGACUUACAAAUACUCCCGUCACUCGUCAAAACACUAUUUGGCGUGUAGUCGAUGACAAAGAUGUUCUCGCCCGACUAAUAACCGGAAACGACGAUCCGACGUUCCUUCAAUACGCUAGUCGGGAUAGCUUUCUCAAUUAUGGUCACGUUGGAGAGGAAAUCAUGUUCUAUCAAGAUGGAAGGUUGCCGAAAUCGCCAGCGAUUUUGUUUCCAGAAUUGCUAAAAAUGUCAAGCAAAGAAAUGGCACAUGCUAUGAAGGAUGCAAAGAAUAAUAAGCGUAGCGUGAAUGGUGCGAAUGAUGCGAACGGUGUUGAUGGUGCAAAUGGCGUGAACGAUGGAAAUGUCGACGUGCGUGCUGCGAAUGGUAGUACGGGCGAUGAUAUGAAAGCUAUGAAUGAUGUGAGUGAUUUGGGUAGCACAAGUAUGUCGGGAAUGGAUAACGACUUUGGUAGUGAAAAGUUGGCUCGUGCGUUAAAUCCAGAUAACGAUUAUGGAAAUUUUCCAAAGGGAAGUCAUUUUUAUCGCGUUCAGUUUUUAACACCAACGCGCCUCAAAGAUCAUUACAUUCAUAGAUACGUUCGGGCUAUGGAGAGAUCAAGAAAAUAUUUCAAGAUGUAUGAUAGUAAUUAUUCUACCGGACGUACAAAAUAA